ACGUUCAUCCCCCAAUCCUCCCCGCCCCCGUCCGGCACCUCUCUCGCUUCUUCCUCCGGCCCAUGCGACGGCGCUGACAUCUUUGCCCGCCUGACCUUUCGAUGGCCGCCGCCGCCACCGCCGCCGCCGCGACCGGCACACUUCUUCCCCACGCACUAUUGAAUCAUCGCUCGCCUCCGCCGCCGCAGCUCCUUGCGCUGUCCUCCUCCUUCCGCCGCCUCUCCUUAUCCACCUCCCAUCGCAGGACCACCCAUUUAGUCGCCCACUCAGACGCCGGCGCCGUUGAGCCGGAGCCCGUGUCUGAGCCUGCUCCUGAGGGCGAGCCUGUCGCUGCCUCUGCUGACUCCGAGGAGGGGGAGGCGGAGGGGGCUGUGGCAUUGGCGGAGGAAGAGGAGGAGCCGGCGCCGAGGCCCAAGCCGAUUAAGUUCGGCGAGAUCAUCGGGAUUCUGAACAAGCAGUUCAUCGAGGAGGCUGAGAAGGUGAAAGUGCUUCCGGAUUUGAAGCCUGGUGACAUCAUCGAGCUUAGAAUGCAACGUCCCAACAAGAGGAGAUUGUCUCUCUUUAAGGGUAUAAUCAUUGCAAAGCACAAAUCUGGUGUUCACACCACGAUCCGCGUCAGGAGGAUUAUUGCCGGUGUUGGAGUUGAAAUUACAUUCCCCAUAUACUCACCAAGGAUCAAGGAGAUCAAAGUAAUCAGACACAAGAAGGUGAGGAGGGCAAAGUUGUACUACCUGAAGUACAAGCUUCCCCGUUUCUCAACUUUCAAGUGAGAUUAGAUACGCGGCUUCUCACACUAGCAUGUCGAUUUCUCCUUGGCAAACGAGUUUUCACGAUCAUGUUCAGAUCUGUGCAUCCACUGUAAUGAUCUCUGAACCUCGAGUCGCAUAAUUUUACAUCUUUUUUUAAUUGGCAUAUAUUUCGUCUUGCGGUGGAGUGUACUUCCUUGUGAGUGUAUAAAAUUCCUACCAGCGCUCCGGCAUGAAUAUGAUGAUGUUUAUUGCGCC